GGAUCGCGAUCAUGGCGGAGGGGCGGCUGCGCUGCGUCGGCUCGCCCCUCUUCCUCAAGGCGCACUACGGCGUCGGCCACACCCUCAGCGUGACCAAGGCGGCGCCGGACGGCGGCGGCGGCGCGGUGCGCCUCGACCCAGCCAGGCUGCUCGAGGUGCUCAAGAAGGAGGUAGCCGGCGCGGAGCUAUCUUCGCUCUCCGCGGACUCGGCCUCGUUCCGACUGCCCGGCGCCGCGCUGCCACCGCUGCGCGCCGCCUUCGCCGCCGUCGAGGAGUCUCGCUCGUCGCUCGGCGUGGCCGACCUCGGCGUGACGUGCACCACGCUCGAGGACGUCUUCCUCCAGAUCAACGAGCGCGACCUCGCGCGGCUGCGCCAGAUCCAGUCGGGCACCUCGCUCGCCCUCACCUCGGACGGGGACCCCGCCCCGGCCUCCCCCGCCCCGGCCUCCCCCGCCCCGUCGGCGGUGAGCCGAUCGGUGGCAUCCCCGACGCCCCCUGCCUCGUCGGCGCCGCCCUCGUCCGCCGGCGACGACUCGUUCGAGACGGCGGAGGAGGCGUCCGAGAUGAUCGAGGCGGGCUCCGCGGCGGACGCGGUCGCGCUGCGCCUCUCCACCUCUUCGGACGGCCGCCUCUCCAGCGGGUCGGCGAGGCGGAGGCGGGCGGCCGAGGAGGCGGGCGGACUGCUGCGGCGCAUCUCGGCGGGCUCUACCGCCGACUCUCGAGCCCCUCCUCCUCCCCCUCCCUCGAGUGAGCCGAGCGAGGCGGGGGCAAGCUCGGCGUCCGUCGUCCGCGGCUUGCUCGCCAAGCGCGCUCUCACCGCGCGGCGCGACCUGCUCACCACCUGCUGCUCGCUCUGCUGUCCCGUGUGGCUCGUCCUCUUCGCGCUGCUGCUGCUCGGCGCAUCCGCGCGCCUCACCAGCCCCGGCCCUCCUCUCCGCCUCGUCCCGUCGGCCGUCUUCGCGGACACGCUCGGGCGGCACGGCCUCGUCGGCGAGCACGGCGUGCGGCUGCUCGUGCCCGAGCAGGUGGACCCGGCGCUGCCGCCGACCCUCUCUUCCGACGGGUGGGACGUCGAGGACGGCGGCGGGCUCGCUUGCUCGAGCGGCGCCGCCGCGGCGCGCAACGUCUCCUCCUUCCUCGCCGCGCACCCGGAGGUGACCAGGCCGGCCGCACUCGCGACGGCGCGCCUGCUCUCGCGCCGGGCGGCGAGCGCGCUGCCUCCGCACGCGCAGCCGCUCGCGCGCGGGCUUCGCGCGGCCGGCUCCGCGGACCGCCUCCUCUUCGCCCUCUUCAACUCGACCUCGACGCACGCGCUGCCGGCGCUGAUCGCCACCGCGUACGACAGCCUGCUCGCCAACGCGACGGCGGGCGGCUCGCGGCUGAGCGCCUCGGCGUCGGCGCUGCCGUACUCGAAGCGGCAGGAGGCGACGCUCUCUGCCAUCAUCGCCGUCUUUGCCUCGAUCAUGGUCCUCGUCCCCUUCGCUUUUGUGGGCGCCCUCUUCGUCACGCCGCUGCUGCGCGAGCGAGAGUCGGGCUCCAAGCAGAUGCAGUUCGUCUCUGGCGUCGGCCCCGUCGCCUACUGGGUCUCCUCCUGGCUCUGGGACGCGGCCCUCUACGCCGCCGUCCUCCUCGCCACCCUCGCCGUGCUGUGCGUGGCGCGCGGCGUCGUGCCGGCGGCCGCAAAGGCGUUCGCGGGCUCAGCGGAGGUGCUCGGCGCCACCGCGCUGUCGCUCGGCCUGUUUGGGUUCGCCGCGGUGCCCUUCGCCUCCGCCUCCUCCUUCUUCUUCUCGUCGCCCUCGUCCGGGCUGAUUGCGCUCAUCGCCUUCCACUUUGUGUCGGGCUUCGGCCUCGUCAUCGCCAACUUCAUCCUCUCCUUCAUCGACUCGACCGCAGACGCCAACGAGCAGCUGCAGCCCCUCUACCGCCUCUUCCCCGCCUUUUGCCUCGGCGACGCCUUUUACACGCUCGCCAUGCGCGACGCCACCCGCGCGCUCGUCGGAGAGGGGCACGAGCAGAACCUGCUCGCCUCGGACCAGCUCGGCGCGCCGCUCCUCGCCCUCCUCGCCGAGGGGCUCGUCUUUGGGUGCGCCACCCUCGCGCUGCAGUACAACGAGGCCGCGCCGCUCCUCCCUGCGCUGGCCGCGCGCCUCCGGCGUCCCCGGGCACCGGCCGCCGCCACCGGGCAGAGCGGCGCCUCAACCGGGCAGAGCGGCGCUGCCGCUGGGCAGGGCGGCGCCGCGCCGGCCGGUGGCGGCGGCCGCAGCGGGCUCGAGGACGAGUCGGUCCUCGCGGAGCGGGCCGCCGUGGCCGCGGGCGCGGCGGGCGGGGAGGGGGCCGCGGCUCGGGCUGACGGGGCAAAGCUCGUGCUGCGCAGCCUGCGAAAGGUGUUCGGGCCAAAGGUUGCGGUCGCCGACCUGUCGCUGCGCAUCCGCACGGGCGAGUGCUUCGGCUUCCUCGGCACGAACGGCGCAGGCAAGUCGACGACCUUUGCGAUGCUCACCGGCGCGGUGGCGCCGAGCUCGGGCGACGCGGCCCUCGACGGCUUGUCCGUGCGGCGCGACCAGGCGUCCAUCCGGCGGCGCGUCGGCUACUGCCCUCAGCACGACGCGCUCGAGGGGCUGAUGACGGGGCGCGAGACGCUGCGCAUGUACGCGCGCAUCAAGGGCGUGCCGCCCGCGGCCAUCGAGGCGGAGGCGGAGGCGCUGCUGCAGGACCUCGACCUCGCUAAGUUUGGCGACAAGCCGGCGGGCCAGUACUCUGGCGGCAACAAGCGCAAGCUCUGCGUCGGCAUCGCGCUCGUGGGCGCGCCGUCCCUCGUGCUGCUCGACGAGCCGUCGUCGGGGAUGGACGCCGCCUCGAAGCGGUUCCUCUGGGCGGCCAUCAAGCGGCGCACCGCGGACGCAUGCACCGUGCUCACCUCGCACUCGAUGGAGGAGUGCGAGGCGUUGUGCGGCCGCAUCGGGGUCAUAGUCGAGGGGCGGCUGCGCUGCGUCGGCUCCCUGCAGGCGCUCAAGUCGCGGUACGGGCAGGGGUACAAGCUCGACCUCCGGCUGCAGCCCGAGCAGGCGGAGGCGGCCGUCGAGCGAGUGCUCGCCGCGCUGCGCCGCCAGUUUGACGGCGUCGAGGUGGCGGAGGUGGAGCCGCCCAAUUUGUCGCUCACCGUGCCGCAGGCCGGCACGCCGCUCUCGGAGCUGUUUGGCGCGCUGGUGGCGCUGCGCGAGUCGCUGCCGGUGCAAGAGGCUUCCGUCACGCAGUGCACCCUAGAGCAGAUCUUCCUACUCAUGGCGAGCAAGGCGGCCUUGCGCGCGUCGGGAAGCGCCGCCGCGUGAGGAGGGCCGAGCCCGAGGGCCGAGGGCGUUACCGUGAGAGAGGUGUCGACGUUGUACAGUAUGGCCCACGCGCUGUGUUGUCUGGUGCAGUCACAAUCUCACAGAGGUUGAGAGUGCUGAGGAUCCACACCCGCAGCUGUUGAAUUAGUAUGUAAAACUCAAUUUUCAUGU